AUGGCUGAUAUAUAUGAGACAGAGAAUAAUUAUACAUUAGCUUGCUCCGAAAAAAGAUUGGAACCAAACCCGACCGUGAUUAACAUGCUGCAAUUUGAGAUGGAUGAGAAUAUAAUAUUAUGUAACAAGAGCACAUCCCUAUAUCUGGCCGGCAACAACAAAGUGAUGACGGACACCAGACUGACUGACACGGAUAUGGAUGUUUUCGAAAGAUGGCUGACCAACAACACUUACGUCAUUGCCCUUGACCUUAGGUUCAACAAUAUCACAGACAAAGGCGCGCUUUCCAUUGCUAAAUUGUUAACUAAGAAUUUCUCGAUCCAGAAGUUGAAUUUGAUGUGCAAUGACAUAGGGCCAAAAGGAGCACAGUAUAUCGCCGGUUCAUUGCAUAGAAACAAGGCCAUUAAAAGUUUGCGAAUGACGGGAAACAAGAUAGGCGACAAGGGGGGCGUUUAUUUCGCCGAGGCCCUUCAAAUCAACGAUCAACUCGAGGAACUCGAUCUUGGGGACUGCGAUCUUAAGAUAUCUUCAAUCAUUACGGCUCCAUGCUAA